AUGACCCUAAUGAUGCUCUGGACUGGACAGGCGAAGGGAGUCCUGGGGAGCUGGGGGAUCAUCUGCUUGGUGAUAUCUCUGCUCCUCCAGCAGCCAGGAGUCCACAGCAAGUGCUACUUCCAAGCUCAAGCCCCCUGCCACUAUGAAGGGAAAUAUUUUACCCUGGGUGAGUCUUGGCUUCGCAAGGACUGUUUCCAUUGUACCUGUCUGCAUCCCGUCGGUGUGGGCUGCUGUGACACGUCUCAGCAUCCCAUCGACUUCCCCGCGGAGUGUGAGGUACGUCAGGAGGCAGGAACCUGUCAAUUCUCCCUGGUGCAAAAAUCUGACCCUCGGCUGCCCUGCAAAGGCGGAGGGCCCGACCCUGAAUGGGGCUCAGCCAACACCCCUGCUCCUGGGGCUCCCGCUCCCCACUCCAGCUAAACUCAACCAAUCACCCUUCUGC